AUACAAGUCUAUAUAGUUUGUUGGCUGAGAGCAAGGUGUAUAGCUAUAUAUCUCAUUGUGCCAGAUUUUGUAGCGGGUACAUUUGUAGCGGGUACAUUUUGCCAAUUGGCGAAUCAGUUAAGUGAGGGUCGCCAACUAAAAAUGGCUCUGUCCCAGUAUAUCAGACGAGAUCAAUAAUUCCAUGCGUGCAGCGUGAUCAUUAAACUAAAAAUCGUUCAAUUGCAUGCCACAUUCGCCCUAGUAUAUGCAUACGAUUCACAAACUGGUGUAACUAAGCGGUAACUAAGCUUAUGACUAUGGCCUAGUCGUAAAUACCAAAUUUGUAGUGAGGUGAGUCCGUGCAGGGUUCUAUUUUACUAUCUUUUUCUCUAAGCGAGGAAGAAAACAUUUUACUUAUACUCCUGCCAUCUACUGGGUUAUACUCCUAGUACUAUAGUGUUAUUGUGUGCACGUGAACAGAACUAAUAUGGGUGUUCUGAUCCGGAUUCGACCUCGUGUAAAACGGGGGCUUUUGGUUUGCUUCAAUAGAAAAAUAUAACCACAAUAACAAAAUAAUGGUUUCUGUGAAUGAUCAUUCGUCAGUGUUUUGAUGUAAUAGUAGACCUUUUGUGCUCCAUCUAAAGGUAACCUAAUGAUAAUUUAUUAAAUUGUCAAUAUAUGCUUUUUUAACGCACAACCUGUACAUGUACGUAUAUACACGCUAGCUAUGAAUAUGGACUUCUAUACAGAUGCCAAAAUUCAAUCAGAUCAGACCAAUUAGCACCACAGAAUAUUCUUAAUAAUUCAAGAGUUGAUGCACAUUGUUUGAAAGUAGACUACCCAAGCAUUGGUCGCUUUCUUGUUUUUGUUCCUUCUCAGCACCAUUAUUGUACAAUUGAAGAGCCAAUAAGUUUUGGGCUGUGUGCAUGCAUGCAGAGGAGGUUGGACAGGGUCAAAAGGUCACUAAUUAAUGAUCACGUGCGACAAUCAGUUGUACAAUAAAGGUUACUGCUUGCUGCGCCCUUAUAAAAUAGCCCCUUCAUGUUAGUGCCGCUGCAAAGUAGUUUACUUUUAGCUACUGCGCCCCUUCAGGAAAAUCGUGUAGUCUCUAAAGGGGUGACCUCACACAAAGGUCGUUGUUCUGUCAUAUGUCAAACUGACCUCUGACCUUUGGAAGUACCAAUUAUCGUACACUAGGGCGAAUGUAUAGCUCAGCUAUAUCAUCAUCUAAGUAUACUUCUGUCCAGAAUGAAAAAGUGCAUGGCCUGCUGGCUAGAAAAUAGCCAAUUACCGAACAUAAACCUUGUUCUCUAUAAUUAUUAUGGACUCCUUAUAAGGAUCUUAAACAGUCAUUGUCUCGCACAAUAGCGUCCAAUUUGUCACUUAAAGCUCUUUUAGUGUUAGUAUUUCUCUGGCGACCUUUGGCUACUCCAUUUUACUGAAAAAACACCCAAUAAAUCGCUUGCAGGAACUGGGGUUAUCUGCAUGCUUGCUCUCUGCGUAAUUGCUAGCGUGUAUUAUACCUCAUUACCAUUCUUUGACGUCACAGAAGCAGAGCACUUUGAUCGUACCUCAAUAUCUAAAAUACAUAAUAUAAUCGAGUAUGAAACAGAGUAUGCAUAGUGACAUAUUUUCACAGGUGGUUUUUUUGCGAUUUUACAGUUUUGUACAUUUUGCAAUUAAUGCCGUUCAUAUAACACUUGUUAUCCGAGGCGCGCGUGGGCGGCCACGGGUAUAGUAGUCGUCUGGUUUGUUUGUUUGUUUGUGACAGGUGAAUCUACUCACCUGCGUGUCAUGGCGCUGCGUUUACAGCACAGAUAGCCUUCACACAACAAGUUAUUAGUUUUAAUAGUGGCAGAUUUUGAUGUUAAAGCUUCGUUGUCGAAUAAAAGCUAAGAAGCUUGAACUUGCACGUUAAGCUAGCUACACUGUGGCCUUUAUUACUUGCAGAUGAAGUGAUCCCGUACUAGAAUUAUGACUGGUUUGUUGUCUCGGGAGGCUUCUUUGCUGACUCUGGAUCCUAGCACCAGGACUCCAGGAGCCAUACUUCUCUAAUACUCCAGGCUUUUUGCUGUGAUCCUAGUCCACAGUGCAUGUAUGUACCAGUGAAAUUCUGUUCUCAAAUGUUCAUCAUGCUUCCAGUCUGGUUUAGUUUUAUUGCUCCUGAGUUGCUGUGCUAGACAGCUUAGUUAUACAUACUACAUGCACUGCAUUAUAUCACUCCUCUGGUUUCAUGUUACCAGCCGAGGGUUUGCACUUUAGUGCUCUAGUUUUUACUCGUGGUGGUUUUAAUGACAUUCAUUGCAUUUUUCACAGACAGCAGAAAUUGAAUUACUUAAAACCAUGUAUACUGUACAUCGGAUUCGAAUGCAAAGUUUUUUCGAUUGUGAAUUGUAGGUCGAAAGAACCGCAAAGGUGAGCACGCAUGCGCAUGCAAUUCGUAAAGUUAUAACCACAACCAGGCUUGUACUGGAAUCGAUGAACCUCGCACGAAACCCGAUAUACAGUGUAUAGGAAGCAUGCGUAGGAGGAAAUAAUUAUCAUAGUUUGCACACUUCACACUAGAAGGCUGGAUUAGGAGUAUAAAUCGAAGUUCCUAUCAGUACAGCUAUGUUAGUAUAUUUUAGAAUGUAUAGAACUAUUGCUGUGUUGCUCCUAGCUUUAACCAUAUAUACUGCAGCUGUAUGGUACCUAGCCAAAUUAUCUUUUGAAACCCAACGUGAGCAGCUGGAUCACAAGCAAUGGAGCCAACCAACAGAUGCCACAGCUGUAUCCAAUGACUUGCCUGAAAUAGCUAAUAUUCCAAAUAAUGUACUACUCGUGAUAGUCAUGUCAACACCCGAGAACAGAGCUAGGAGAGAUGUGAUUAGGAAGACUUGGGUGGGUAGCUAUGUCAAACACGAAAAGAAGUUUGCAGUCAAGUUUGUUAUAGGAACCCUUGAUCUGAAUACUGAGUCGCUGAUUUCCGAGAAUAAGACGUUUGGCGAUUUAUUACUUUUGACCGAUCACCUGGAUUCAUACAAUAACCUCACCAGAAAAGUUUUACAUACCUUUGUGUGGGUAGACGAAAACACAGACUACUCCUUUGUACUGAAACUUGACGACGACUCAUUCCCUAAAUUGGAUCGGAUUGAAUUGGAAUUGAAAAAAAGAACUAGCCAUAGACCUCUCUACUGGGGUUUGGUUGAAUCACAAGGUAAACCAAGCAAAGAAGGAAAGUGGGCCGAAACACAUUGGAAGUUGUGUGACAAAUACCUACCGUAUGCAUUGGGAGGGGGUUAUGUAUUAUCUAAAGACCUUAUACACAGAAUUGCUAUCAAUGCUGACGGUCUUACACUCUACAACAACGAAGAUGUCUCAGUUGGAGCUUGGAUCAGUCCAUUCGACUUAGAAAUAAAACAUGACAAACGAUUUCGUUCAAGUGCGCAAAAAAGGUGGCAUCACGAUCAAUGCAAGAUUUAUCUUCUUGUUCAUCAUCUGUCUAAUGAAGAUGCAAAGAAAACUCAUGAAAUAAUGAAGAGUAAAGGUGUUUUGUGUUAAGGUUCUACAUUCAUACUGGAUGCAUCCUCACUUACUUUAUCAUAAUGAGUGUACAUGUAUACAUGUAAUCACCCUUAGAUCUAUAAGUUUAUUAAUCGAUUAUCCGAACAAAUGAAGCCUGCAUGUCAUUAUGCCUCGGUGCGCAUGCGCAAGCGAGGUAUACGGUAGUGUGUUUGUGUGUGUAUCUGUGUCAGUGUGUGUGUUUGUGUGUGUAGACUGCUACAGCUGCUCAAGGAUCAAUGAAGGGCGUUUCUAUAGGCUUCUAGUCAUGUUUUCUUGGAUUUUAAUUCGUGGAUUGAAAAUAAUGCUUCGUUCUCUAGUUUUACUUACUUGGAAUGCCAUUAUUGCAGCGUUUUCAGAAGAGUGUGUAGCAAAACUUGUUCACUGAGUGUUGCUACUCUACUUAGUAGUUAGCUCUGCACUAGAACGCUAGCUAUAGGUAGCUGCAAGCUAGAGUGAGAAGAGAGCUGCAAGGCUCUGCUGAUGCAGCCAUUACUGGUACCGAGAGUACAUUAAGAGGAGUAUCCAAUGUACUGUAGUGUAAACCACGUUACGGUUAUACUACGUCACUAUCAGACAGCAUUUUAAGUGGGUGCGUAGGUGUAGUUAUGCCUCGAGGCGUAGCCGCACGAGGGAUACGGUAAAGCUGACUGUGUGUGUGUGUGUGUGUGUGUGUGUGUGUGUGUCUGUGUGUCUGUUCCAGCUGUAACUGCUCAACGGUUGCAAUGCGACGAAAACUAACAGCUUCUAUAGGCUUCUAGCCACGUUCUCUUGGAUUUUGAUUCGUGGAUUAGCAAACUAAAGCUUCUUUCUCGAGUUAUGGCUAGUUUGACUCACAUUGAAGGCUGUUGCAGUCUCUUCAGAAUCUUUCAUAGCAUCAUCUGUCCGCACAAACUUUCUAUUCAACA